AUGGACGCUUUUGAAUACAACGCAAACCCUUCAAGGGUCGUAUUCGGAAGCGGAACUAUCGCAAAGCUUCCCGAGGUGCUCUCCAAGCUAAAGCUCUCCCGCCCGCUGCUCCUCUCGACACCAUAUCAGACUCAGCAGGCCAACGAUGUUGAGAAACUGCUUCAAGGCCAGAUCGCGGGUCUGUUUAGCGAGGCAACCAUGCACACCCCGUUAGACGUGACAGAACGCGCCGUCGAGUUCGCCAAGUCCAAGGGAGCAGACUCAGUCGUGUCGAUUGGAGGGGGCAGCACAAUUGGCCUCGGUAAAGCCAUCAGCUUCCGGACUGGGUUGCACCACAUCGCCAUUCCCACCACAUACGCUGGCAGCGAGGUCACUCCGAUCCUCGGUGAAACGGCAGACGGGCUGAAGCAAACACGAUCAGACCCGUCGAUUCUCCCUGGGACGGUCAUCUAUGAUGUAAAUCUUACACUGACGCUGCCGGCUUCUCUCAGCGCCACCAGCGGCAUCAACGCCAUUGCACACGCCGUGGAGGCCCUCUACGCGCAGAACAGCAACCCAAUUAUCAACAUGUUUGCUGAGAAAGGCGUCGAAGCCCUUGCUUCUGCUCUUCCGCAGCUGAUUGAAAAUCCGACCUUGCAAUCUGCGCGGUCCUCAGCUCUCUAUGGCGCAUGGCUCUGCGGAGUGUGCUUGGGCAAUGUUGGAAUGUCUCUGCACCACAAGUUGUGUCAUACUCUCGGCGGCAGUUUCAACUUGCCUCAUGCCGAGACGCACACGAUUGUUCUUCCCCAUGCUCUCGCCUACAAUGCUCCCAAAGUCCCUGGCGCCAUGCGUGCGUUGGCCUCGGUCCUCCCGGAGAGCAAUGGAGAUGCAGUCGCUGGGCUCAAUGUCCUACUCACCAAGCUCAAGGUGCAAAGAGGCUUGAAGGCCCUUGGGAUGAAGGAGUCUGAUAUCGACAAGGCGGCGGAUAUUGCUGUCUCUAAGCCGUAUUGGAACCCGCGCGACAUUGAGCGCGCAGCAAUUCGGGAAUUAAUUCGGCGGGCUUGGGCAGGAGAAGAAGCCAGAUCGGACCUGUAA